AGGGGUCUGUCCUCUGAUGGAGGCAGGCAAGCAAGGUGAGCUUGACACCCAGCCUCUCCUUAAGUACGCCCGCAUGGGGACGUAUGUCCGGAGUCGCAGCAGCCCUUUUACAACUGGGCGUUGGUAACCUUCAGGGCAGAGCCAGUGUCCUAGAGAGAGGACAGCAGAGAGCGCUGGGCCAGGCCGUGGUGACACUGCUUGCUUCGCGACUCGCCGCCCCGAGCGGUGAUCACGUCAUCAGUGCUCAGCCAGACCGCUCAGGGUUGGGUCAUUCCUUGCAGCCCGUUUCCGUGGAGAUGGCCAGACAGCCAGCGCUCUCGCCUGGGAGCAUCUGCUCUAAAGGCUUGCCCGGCCCCUCAAGGGUCCAGGCAGGGGUGAAUGGGCUCCUCCCAGGCCUGCUGCCCGUGGACAGUGCUGAUGGGUUAUGCUCUCUCCCGUGAAGUCAGACCCUACCCCAGGGUCUUUAGCGCAGACACCACAGGGUGAGCACACAGGGUGUUGCCCUCCCCGAGCUCAGAGCAGUCCCUGUGACCCAGCUCUGGGCCAGGCCUUGUUGAGAUCGCAUCCUGCCAAGAGCCGGGAGGAGCUGUGUGGUUGCUCCUGGGACUCUGUCUGCUGGCUGGCCCUCAGGGAGCUCCGUGAAGGAAGCAGGGCCUGGGCUCUCCAGUCAGGCACUAACCUCCACCCGCUGGUGUGGCCAUGGCUAGACACUGCUCUCUCACCGGCCUCCAGCUGCCCCAUGAAGCUCGUUUACGCAUUGAGAGCUUGCAUUGUGCGGGCCUGGUGUGUGCCAGGCAUUGUCCUUGGCGCUCCUGGGUCUCUGCUUGGACAAUUGUGGCCAGUCCUUACCUCCCAGGGGCACGAGAGAUCAAGUUAUCAUUGGCCUUAAGAUUAUCUGGGAUUUCAUGCAGACAUUUUCCUCAUAACCGUAACUAAUCACAAAGUUGAGAGUCUCCCUCCCGUGAAGUCCCCAUCGGGCACAUCAGAACCAGAUGGGGAGUCUCGAGGCCUCAGCAGGAAGACUGGUUGCUGGCCAGAGGCUGUCCAGUUCUCAGGCUCUUUGAAGUCUCCAGCAGGGGCUAGGGGUGGGGGAAGCAUGACCAUCUCAAAGGCCUCAUUUAUGGAGCUGAAGAUACCGUGUCCUGGCAGUGUGCGGACACAGAAUCGGGGGGGCCCUGGCAGACUGCCCCCAGAGGUGGAAGGUGGUCAGGAAGGUGGGCCUUGGUGAUGGACAGCUGUGGUAUGAAUCCUGGGACCCAUGUGGCAGGGACCCAGCUGGACUUCAUGGCAGUGGUGCCUACACAGCCCCUCACUGCUGCUGGGACCACCACCCCUGACUGGCACCCCCCCCACCCGUGGUCCUGGGAACCUCUGCUCCCUUUGGGGUUCUCCAUCAGGAGGAGAGAAUGGGAGGGGUGAAGUCCACAGAGGGCAAGGAGCUUGGUGUGUGGGGCCCAUUCUGUGCCUGCUGCCUGUGGGGUGUGGGGCUGUCUUCUGUUCUCCGUGGGGAGACGGGCUGGGGUCCUCGUGCUCUGCCAGCAACAGGCCAGCAGGUCCACAUUCCUACAUGCUGCCCUGUGCAAGCGGGGGGCCUGUGUCCACCAAAGAUGGGACCAGAACAGACAGAAGACGCCCAGUGGGGUCUGUGCACCGAAGACCACUCCACACAGCCACGAGGAUGUCACGGAGGGGCUCCCAGGGCAGGCGGACCCCCAAGCUGUUUGGGGGCAAUUAACAUUUUCUGGGUGGGUCUGGGUGUUGCUUUCCUGGCCGUGGUUAGGUUGGGGCACCCACGAACCUGCAUAUUUACAGUUCAUGUACUUCGAUGUGUGAUGUUCUUCAGCGAGAAGCACAAGGGGAGGGACAGCUUUUUGUCUGUGGGGUGAUGCAGAUGUAAGCGAUGAUUAAUGUUCGUGAGUGGGCUGCCUGGCCCUGGGGGUGGGGGGGUAGUGUGCUUGAACAGGAAUGUCACAGGGAGAACGCCCUCCCAGCCCUGCCAUCACCACUCAGCCAAGCCCUGACCUCCUUCCUUGUUGCCUCAAGUGGUCUCCCCCUUCCACAAACGGUCUGGUUCCCCCUCCCACUUCCGCUCUUCAGAGGAGGAACUCCAGUCUGCAGUGAGAAAGUGCUAGGAGCGCCCUGGAGCGAGGCCAGAGCAGGUGCCCACAGGCCCUCUGGGCUGUGCACCCCGUGGCUGCCUUUGAAGUGGUUGCUCUGCAGAGGAAGUGGGGGCUGUUGGUCACUGGGGCUGGCAGCUCUGUCCCUGCCCCUCCCCCGUGGGAGGAGGAAGAGCAAGAGCCUCCCUCAGGGCUCCAGGGACUGGGUGGGAGUCCUAGGGGGUAGGGGCUGCCCUGAGUAAGCAUCUCACAUGGGGUAGGGAGUUAGGGCUUCAGGCGGGGCGGGGGUGGUCGACAGCCGAUGACUGUUCCCAAGGCACACUGGCAUUGGGUGGGUGGCCAGAGAUCAGAGAUGGCUCCAGGAGGCGGUGGAGUUUGCAGGGGACCUGGAGCAGAUGUAGAGGAGGCCCCUGGGAGUGGCACAGGGCUGGGAGUACCAGUGGGCGGAGCACAGGUGAGAGGGGAGACGUCCCCCAGAGCCCCAGUCUUUGGUGUCACCCUGGCUGCCCCUGGUGCUGCAGGGAGAAUGCUGAGCGUGGGUGCUCUCCGACUGCAUCCAGGGUGCACGCCCGUCAUGUGGCCACCCUCAGGGGGAGGGGCUCCAGGGACUUGAAAGAUGUGCAGAAAGGGUUCAUUCUUUCUGGGACCUCAGCCCACCCCAGGCCUGGAGGAGCAGGAGGCCUGGCCAGCCGUAAGACAGCAAGCCGCCCAGAAACGUAUGUCUGGACCUGAGGAACGGUACCUCCACAGAGGAGGUAGGGAGGGGGGCUGAGGGUCUGGAGUCCAGAGGCACUAGAAGCUGGGUCUCUGAGGGCUUGGGGUCCUGGCUGGGAAGCGACCACUCUGGUGGGAAGCUGGGGUCUCUUCAGCGGGGUCAUGGCCAAGUGGACGUGGGUACAGACAGGGAGAGGGUGAGUGUGAGGGCGGUCUGGGAGGACACGAGCCCUGCUGGUGCGGCGAUGAGCUGAGCGGGACGCCUGUGAGUGAGGACCCCUUUCUGCUCCCCAGUGGGACUAUGUCUGUGCAGGGCCCCCAGAGGAGGCUGCUAGGCUCCCUUAACUCCAUACCCCCAGCCACCCCUCCGCUCAGGCCGCCUACCAACCAGACGGGGCCCCAGUGCCUGGAGGUGUCCGUUCCCGACGGGCUCUUCCUCAGCCUGGGGCUGGUGAGUGUGCUGGAGAACGUGCUGGUGGUGGCCACCAUCGCCAGGAACCGCAACCUACACUCGCCCAUGUAUUACUUCAUCUGCUGCCUGGCCGUGUCCGACCUGCUGGUGAGCGUGAGCAACGUGCUGGAGAUGGCCAUGCUGCUGCUGCUGGAGGCGGGCGCCCUGGCCGCCCGGGCCACCGUGGUGCAGCAGCUGGACGACGCCAUUGACGUGCUCGUGUGCGGCGCCAUGGUGUCCAGCCUCUGCUUCCUGGGCGCCAUCGCUGUGGACCACUACAUCUCCGUCUUCUACGCACUACGCUACCACAGCAUCGUCACGCUGGCCCGCGCCUGGCGCGCCAUCUCCGCCAUCUGGCUGGCCAGCGUCCUCUCUGGCGCGCUCUUCAUCGCCUACGACAACCACAUGGCUGUGCUGCUUUGCCUCGUCAGCUUCUUCGUGGCCAUGCUGGUGCUCAUGGUGGGGCUGUAUGUGCACAUGCUAGCCCGGGCCUGCCAGCACGCCCGCCGCAUCGCUCGGCUGCACAAGAGGCAGCGCCCUGCCCGCCAGGGCUUCAGCCUCAAGGGCACCGCCACGCUCACUGUCCUGCUGGGCAUCUUCUUCCUCUGCUGGGGCCCCUUCUUCCUGCACCUCUCGCUCAUGGUCCUCUGCCCUCAACACCCCAUCUGUGGCUGCGUCUUCAAGAAUUUCAACCUCUUCCUCACCCUCAUCAUCUGCAACUCCAUCGUCGAUCCCCUCAUCUAUGCCUUCCGCAGUCAGGAGCUCCGAAAGACACUGCAGGAGAUGGUGCUGUGCUCCUGGGAGUACUCCACCUCCACCCAGGGACCGGGCAAGCUCUGCACACUCACCUCUGCUGCCCCUGCCUGCUGGGACGUGAAGCGUCCGUGGUGGGUGCUGGACGAGCACUCGUCCCCAGGAGAGCCUCCACAAGAGGCGCUUCCCGACCAGCAAGAACUGGCCACACAGGACUGCUCCAGGAACCAGGGAGCUCCUAAAGUGCUUGAAGCGGGAUUGAGGAGGAAUGGGGAGAGGCGGGGUGGGGUUGAGGGUGAUGGUCAGGGAGAAGUGAAUCCCAGAAACCAGCCAGACACCAUGGCAGGCCUGCCCAGCUUUCUCUUCAUGGUGGAAACCCCAGCUCAGAGCAACUACAGUGAGAAACAGCAGCUGCCCUGGCCCAGUCACCUCCAUGGGGACCCGACUCAGCACCGGGACCGUCCAGGCUGCCCUCAGUUGCAGCAGGAGCACGACCACCGCCCCGCCGGCGGCGGGCGGAGACGGCGGGCGGAGCGCCGCAGCGCGCGGCCGAGCCGAACCGGGAUGCGCGAGCGGGCGGCGGGGGCGGCCGACCCUCCGCAGCCAGCCCCGGCCCGUCCGCGCGUGUCCCGCAGCCGCCCGCCACACGCACCGAGCAUGAGGGAGAUCGUGCACAUCCAGGCCGGCCAGUGCGGCAACCAGAUCGGGGCCAAGUUCUGGGAGGUCAUCAGUGACGAGCACGGGAUAGACCCCAGCGGCAACUAUGUGGGGGACUCGGACCUCCAGCUGGAGCGCAUCAGCGUCUACUACAACGAGGCCUCUUCUCAUAAGUAUGUGCCUCGGGCCAUUCUGGUGGACCUUGAGCCCGGAACCAUGGACAGCGUCCGGUCUGGUGCCUUUGGACACCUUUUCAGGCCUGACAACUUCAUCUUCGGUCAGAGCGGAGCCGGCAACAACUGGGCCAAGGGGCACUACACGGAGGGCGCCGAGCUGGUGGACUCCGUCCUGGACGUGGUGCGGAAGGAGUGUGAGAAUUGCGACUGCCUGCAGGGCUUCCAGCUGACCCACUCGCUGGGCGGGGGUACAGGCUCCGGCAUGGGCACGCUGCUCAUCAGCAAGGUGCGGGAGGAGUACCCGGACCGCAUCAUGAACACCUUCAGCGUGGUGCCUUCGCCCAAGGUGUCGGACACGGUGGUGGAGCCCUACAACGCCACUCUGUCCAUCCACCAGCUGGUGGAGAACACGGACGAGACCUACUGCAUCGACAACGAGGCCCUGUAUGACAUCUGCUUCCGCACCCUCAAGCUGGCCACACCCACCUACGGCGACCUCAACCACCUGGUGUCGGCCACCAUGAGCGGCGUCACCACCUCCCUCCGCUUCCCUGGCCAGCUCAAUGCCGACCUGCGCAAGCUGGCCGUGAACAUGGUGCCCUUCCCCCGCCUGCACUUCUUCAUGCCCGGCUUCGCCCCGCUCACUGCCCGCGGCAGCCAGCAGUACCGCGCGCUCACGGUGCCCGAGCUCACCCAGCAGAUGUUCGACGCCAAGAACAUGAUGGCCGCCUGCGACCCCCGCCACGGCCGCUACCUGACCGUGGCCACCGUCUUCCGUGGCCGCAUGUCCAUGAAGGAGGUGGACGAGCAGAUGCUGGCCAUCCAGAGCAAGAACAGCAGCUACUUCGUGGAAUGGAUCCCCAACAACGUGAAGGUGGCCGUGUGCGACAUCCCGCCCCGGGGGCUCAAGAUGUCCUCCACCUUCAUCGGCAACAGCACGGCCAUCCAGGAGCUGUUCAAACGCAUCUCGGAGCAGUUCACCGCCAUGUUCCGGCGCAAGGCCUUCCUGCACUGGUACACGGGCGAGGGCAUGGACGAGAUGGAGUUCACCGAGGCCGAGAGCAACAUGAAUGACCUGGUGUCCGAGUACCAGCAGUACCAGGACGCCACGGCCGAGGAGGAGGGUGAGAUGUACGAAGACGACGAGGAGGAGUCUGAGGCUCAGGGCCCCAAAUGAGGCGGCUAGAGGGCCGGAGCCAGGCUGCGGCUGUGGCCCCAGAGGCCUGACCCCAGAGCCAUGUCGCCAUUAACACCACCCCAGCCUCGCCCCCGCCAGCUCCGGCCGCGGCACCCUAGGGUUCCCAGUAUUUACUGCAUCCCCACCCCACGUGAGUCCCCUCUUGUCAUCAUAGGUCAGGUCCACUUCUGUGUCUGCUUUACUGUCAGCUCCAGGCCUAUUUUAUGGUUCAUUUGGUUUUCUUUUCUUUUCUUUUUUACUGGUUUGUGUUUUUAUUUUGGGGCGGGGGGAUACUUAAUAAAUUUAUUGCUGUCAGAUAUCCCUGCCUG